UUUUUCACUCAAAUACUCUGAAAUUCACCACAGAAAUUCAACCUAAAAUUCGAUAAAAUUUCUGUUACUUUAUUUAAAAUUUUAAGUUUUAUUAACGUGCAUUGAGUGCGAUUAUGACCAGCUUGGAGUGCGUUUUCGUAGCUGGCUUACUCCACGUGGUCCAGUUCCUUGCGCUAUCUUCCAAAAGUCCAAAUGUUUCGGCGCCGCAGCUACCCUCGCUGAUUGUGGGUCUGGCUGCAACGGACCUCAUAUGGGACAAUUGCUUCGUUCCCCGGGUACUUUAUGUUAUGCCGGCACUGCUGAGGCGGAUCUACGAAGUGGCAGUGGCAUUCCUGCUCCUGGAGAUUGCCGUUCAGGCGUUCUGGAAGACAGUGGAGGAGAUAUGCGUCAUUUUGAUGACCGCCUUGGUGCCCGGAACGGGCCUUGUCUCGGAGUUCAACUAUAGAAACUACGAGAGUUACUGGGUGGGCAGCGUUACUGUUCCGUUGUCCCUCCUGAUCCUGGCAUUCGCCGGCCACGCCACCGACCACUUCCACGUGUUCCACAACGGCUUCUUCCAUGUGCAGCGAAGGGUUGAGCUGCGGUGGAAGGAGACCCUGAAGUAUAUCACCCGCAAUCCGGGGAAGAAGCUGUCCCGCAUCGUGCCGAUUCUUGAGAAGCACAAGGAUCUGGCGCGCCGACAGCGUCGUGGAAGAACCUUCGUGGGUAAAUUCUAUGGCAGCGCCGUAGUCCCAGGGGAAUAAAGUGAAACUACUAAAACGCAGGCAUAUUCAAUUGGAUUCGUUUGUUUUGUUUUAUUUUAUACAAGAAAAUUUAUAAAAUUAAUUGUCAUACAUAAUAA